AGGAAGCAGGAAGCAGCGGGAAGAAGAGCAGAGGAGGCAGCGGGCGGCUCCAGAGCCCCCUGAAGCCGCGGAACCCCCGGGACCAUCGUCCCCCAUCCCGCAGAUGGAGGAGGAGGCUGCAAGGAAGAGGAAGAUGCCCCAGGACAGGCAGGCAGACAAGGAGCUGAGGAUGAAGACCAGGGAGUACAAAUCCCCACUGCAGAACCUCGUGGAAGAGGCCGUUUUGAGCAGCUCCAGAGGACACGAAUCCAAUGGGGAGGAAAAGCCCCAGAGAUCCUGCAGGAGGAGGGGCUCCAAACCCAUUCCAGGGUACUCUGAGGAGGAAAGACCCACCCUGUGCCAGGAAGGUGGACAGAGCUUCAGCCAGGGCUCGGAGCUGGUGGUCCAUGAGCAGCAUCAUGACAGGGAGAAGCCCUACAGGUGCUUGGAGUGUGGGAAGAGCUUCAGGUGGAACUCCCUCCUGAUCAAACACCAGAGCAUUCACAGAGAGGAGAGGCCCUUCUGCUGCCCUGACUGCGGGAAGGGCUUCAAGCGCAACUGCACCCUCAUCACCCACCAGCGCAUCCACACUGGGGAGAGGCCCUAUGAGUGUCCCAAGUGUCAGAAGAGGUUUCAGUCCAGCUCCAAUCUCCUCAAGCACCAGCGCCUUCACACAGAGGAGAGGCCCUUCCGCUGCCCCGACUGCAGGAAGGGCUUCAAGCAAAACUCCCACCUCAUCACCCACCGGCGCAUCCACACUGGGGAGAGGCCCUACGAGUGUAGGGAAUGUGGGAUGAGCUUCAGCCAGAGCUCCCUCCUGAUCUGCCACCAGAGGAUCCACACCAAGGAACGGCCCUACGAGUGUGAGCAAUGUGGGAAGAGCUUCAUCCAGCGCUCCCACUUGAUCUGCCACCAGAACAUCCACGCUGAGGAAAGGCCAUACAAGUGUGGGGAAUGUGGGAAGGGCUUCAACCAGAGGUCCCUUUUGAUCAUUCACCAAAUGCUCCACACUGGGGAGAGGCCCUACGAGUGUACCAAGUGUCAGAAGCGGUUUCAGACCAGCUUCACUCUCCUCCAGCACCAGCGGAUUCACAGAGAGGAGAGGCCCUUCCGCUGCCCUGACUGCAGGAAGGGCUUCAAGCACAACUCCACCCUCAUCAGGCACCGGCGCAUCCACACUGGGGAGAGGCCCUACGAGUGUGGGGAAUGUGGGAUGAGCUUCAGACAGAGCUCCCUCCUGAUCUGCCACCAGAGGAUCCACACCAAGGAACGGCCCUACGAGUGUGAGCAGUGUGGGAAGAGCUUCAGCCAGCGAUCCCACUUGAUCUGCCACCGGAACAUCCACGCUGAGGAAAGGCCAUACAAGUGUGGGGAAUGUGGGAAGGGCUUCAACCGGAGGUCCCAGCUGAUCGUCCACCAGAUGAUCCACACUGGGGAGAGGCCCUAUGAGUGUCCUGAGUGUGGGAAGAGGUUUCAGACCAGCUCCCAUCUCCUCCUGCACCAGCAGAUUCACACAGAGGAGAGGCCCUUCCGCUGCCCUGACUGCAGGAAGGGCUUCAAGCGCAACUCCAACCUCAUCAUCCACUGGCGCAUCCACACUGGGGAGAGGCCCUACGAGUGUCCCCAGUGUGGGAAGAGCUUCUCACGCAGCUCUCACUUGACCAAACACCAACGGAGGCACCAGUAAGGGAAGCCCUGCGAGUGCCCCGACUAUGGGGAAAGCUUCCUGCAGUGCUACAACUCCAUCCCCCAUUAGGGGACCCACAUUGGGAAGACACUGGGGUGGUGGUCCUUUAGUUUGGUGGUUCCUAAUAUUCUUUUGGUUCAUCUUCAUCAUUUUAAAACCAGCAAAAUUGGACUGAAAAUCAACAAAUUCAUCAAAGGCAUCUGAAGCCUCA